GGAUGGAAAAGCUUGACAGGUCUUCCACGAGGCAGUGUAGUUUUGGCUGGACAGCGACCCGGCGGGAACUCGAUUGCUCUCUUCCCGGCGCAGGCGGAUUUAAUUACUAGUUCCUGAAUCAUCCUGGUUGCCCUUCUGUGAAGUAGUUCCAGUUUGUCCGAAUCCUUCUUAAAUGGUGGUCUUCAGAACUGUAUUUAAUAGUUGAGGUGAAAUCUCACCAGUGCAGGUAUAUUUGCAAUGCCUUGCAGUGGCAAAUUUCCUCCUUGUUACUGCAACAAUGAUUAUUUUCAGAGUAGUGCACGUCUUGAUUUUUGUUUCAAAAAAAGAAACAUAUUGUGCUGUGAAUACUGAGUGGAAGGACAGAGGUUUCUUGAGUAACAUGUUAAAUGUAGAGGUAGCAUGAAAAAUGUGGUAAGAGUAAGGAAUGCAGUUUGACUGGAAAGAUGGAAGCAUCACUCUCAACUUGGUGUAACCUUAGUGUUUAUUUGUGGAUACCUAGAUCCUCUUGUACUCUAUGUACAUGAAUCUAGUACAACUCUGCUGUUGUUUAUUACAAGAUUUUACUUUAAAUGCAUUUUCUUAUGAAACAUCAGCAGUGGAUAUUUGGUGGGCUAAAAAAGGAUGUUUACUGAGAAGCCAGAUGUUGGAUACACAUUUUUAAAAUAGUCAUUUUACUAAAUAAAGUAAAUUUGAAAUAGUCUAAUUAAUGAAAUGUUAUUGUAAAAUUGUGAAUGUGUUAACUAUCACAAUGUUUAAUGUGUCUGUAGACACGAUUAAUUUAUGGUGCUGCAUCUGCUUUCUAGUUAUCAAGCACUUUAAUGUUUAAAAAAGUAAAUAAAAAUUAGUAUAUAAUGUUACUAAAUAAAAGCUGAGCAAUUUACAGAAUCAGCAUAUUGCCCCAACAUUUUGGGGCCUCAUUUUACUAACCUUAGAAGAAUAGAAGGCUGAGUCAACCUUGAGCCGGUAAGGAUCAAAUUCCUGGCAGUGAACAGAGUCAGCCGGCAAUACUACAAUCUAACCACUGCGCCACCACGGCUCUUAUGAUGUUUGAUUGACCAACAUAACUAUCCCAGUAAAGUAGGGGUCCCCAAAGUGAUCAAUAUUGACUUCCAAUGGUCAAUGUGACUAUUCAAAGUCAUUAUUACUGAUAGUAUUAUUACUUAAAGUAGUAUGGGGGUCAAUGAACAAUUUGAAAUUUCAUGAAGGGGUCAGUGAGCUGAAAAGUUUGGGGAUCUCUUCAGUAAAUCAUUAGCAUAUUUUAUGUUAAUGAAGUGGCCUCUUAAUUAAUUCUGGAUUAUGGGUUCAUGUCUAAGAGAUUUGAGCUGUAGCUAUUAUCCUUAUAAACUCAAACUCUGACCAGAUGGAAGUAUUUAUUUUCCAGCUGCCACUUGGUGUCCAAAUGAAGCAGUCUACUGUAGUGGACUGAAUGUAGUGCUAAGGACAAAAAUGAGAGACAGACUCUUGGAGUUUUAUGAAUUAUCUAGGCUGUACAGCCAACGCAUUGGAGAUGAUGAGGAUGACUUCCAAAGACCUCAUGAAAUGCUUCUUUUUGAAACUGAUCAUGCCAUAGCAAAUCUUUACAAAAACAUUCAAGAGAUUCGAACAAGCAUUCACUGCCUGAAGGAAGAUGUGAAACGCUUGCGCAAACAAAACAGUCGCUUCCUGACAUCAAUGCGUCGUUUCAGCAGCAUAAAGCGAGAUACAAACACCAUAGCAAAGAACAUUAAGGCCCGUGGAGAAGAGAUCCACAGAAAACUUCAGGUUCUGAGAGAUCUGAGUGAAGAUGCGGAAACAAAAUAUGGUGAAAAUGCAAUUGUAACCCGUGUAUGCAAGGACCACUAUGUCGACCUCAUGCACGCUUUUCAGGAAGCCAUGUUUAAUUACAAUGAAACUGAAAUGAAAGAGCGAGACAAUUGCAAAAUUAGGAUUCAGCGGCAGCUGGAAAUCAUGGGCAAAGAUGUAUCUGGGAACCAGAUAGAGGACAUAAUUGAGCAAGGCCGAUGGGAUGUAUUCUCUGAGAACCUGCUGUCCGACACCAAAGGAGCUCGCUCUGCCUUGAAUGAGAUAGAAACACGGCACAAAGAGCUGAUGAAGCUUGAAUCGCGAAUCAGAGAGGUCCAUGAACUUUUCCUACAGGUAGCAUUGCUGGUGGAAGAGCAGGCUGACACCUUUGAUGUCAUUGCGUUCAACAUGCAGAAUGUCCAAGAAUAUGUUGGGGAAGCUAAAGAGGAAGUGAGAAAAGCACUUGAAUACCGGAGAAAACAUCCUUGCCGAACAAUCCUUUGCUGCUGUUUAUCAUGCCUUAAAGGCUAGCUGCCCUCUUGAAGCCACUUGAUCAGUGUUAUGGGAACACUUAUAAUUUGUGCUCAUCUCUUUAUGGUUAUCAUAUUUAUUAUUAAUUAGAUAGGUGUGUGUUUCUCAUUAGAUAUGUGUAUGAGAACCAAAGGAUACUAGCAGUAUGAUACAUACCGAAGUUGGGAACCUGUGACUCCGUAGAUGUUGUUGGACUACAUCAGGGAUGUCAACCUCGUGACAUCGCACAACAUAUCAGGCUGGUUUUGCCAUUGCCGGCAAUGGGGUGGACGCGGCUUCAGUAUGAUGAAACCGGCCCACGGGCUGGCAGUUUGAUACUCCUGAACUACAUCAUAUCUGAUAAUUAGCUAAGCUGCUGGAUAGACAUGGAGUAUGGAAACAUCCAAAGAGCCACAGAUUCCUGGCCAUUCAUAUAUUUCAACUCAUGUAAUAAGAAACCAGAUUAAUGACCCCCAUAUAACUACCAAAAUGAAAGGCAUACCAGAACGUAUAUAAAACCUUGGAAAAUGUUGAUGAGGUGGGUAAUAAAUUAUUCCCAAAUAAAUACAUCCUAUGGAUUUUUAAGGGAGCAAUUGCAAUUGCCAGGUUUUUUUUUUCUUGGAGAAAAUAAAUAUGGAAGAAAUUAUGAACCCUAAUUAUAAAUUAUAUAUAAACUGUAUUACAUGGAUAAUGCAGUUUAGACAUCUAGUAGUCAUAGCUGAUUUUAGAGUUUUGAUAAAAUAGUAUACAUUUCUAAAAUGCAUUGUUAUAAAAUUAAAUGAGAAAAAUAUUUAUUCUGAUUAUUAUAUGAAGAUAGUCCUUGCUUUCUGCCCCAGAUUGUCAGGGAAAAAAUUGUUGAUAAUAGAAUCCAAGUGAUAGGCCAACAACCCCAAAAUAUGAAAAUGAGGUCUCAUUUAUACAAUAUGUCAAAGUUAGAUUGAAGCUAUUAACUCUGGAGCUAAUAGCAGCCUAGAAGUCUUACAGGAAUGACAAGUAGAGGGGAUCAGAAAUCAGAUAUUGUGAACUUGUUUGGCUAUAUCUUGUGCAAGCGUGCACAAGGGACUGCCUGCAACCUGUUAGCAUCCCUUUUGUGGCCUCAGCAGAUCCCUAUAGCAGAUGGAAUUUGACUGAUUCUUUAGCCUUUGUUUGAAUUUUAGCAGACUGUGUCUGAAGGAGCAAAAGGGAUGCUUUCAUUUGUAUAUUGGCUAGGGUCUCUAGGGGAGAUUAGAAAAACUACAUUAACUUAUUAAGUCCAGAAAAAAUAUCCAAAGCAAUUGAUCUUCCAUGCUUAAGAUUUGUUUUAGUCACGCUAGUAUAUCUGUCUGUUUUUGAGGAUGGUCAGAACAGAAAAAGCUAAAACCAAGAACCUCCUUCAUUUAAAAAAGAAUAAUAGGAUUCCGUUCAUAACUCUGAGACUUGGGUGUGAAAUUCAGGCUUUCGGUGUACAAUGUUUCUUCAGACAAAUGUAAAUAAGUGAUGUAAACUUAGUUGCAGUAUUUUGUAAGUUUAUAAUAAUUAAAUCACUAAUUAAAAUAUUUUUC